AUGGCGUCCCCACGCCUCCUGUGGCAGCCAAUGCGCCACUGCAUGAGCAGAAUCCUCGCACCAGCACGACAACAAACCCGUUCCAUCUCGUCCACCACCACAUCCGCAUCCCAAGCUACAACGUCGUCAUCCUCAUCCCCCUCCAACACCAACACCAACACCAACACCACCUCCCAACCAAACCCAACCCCACCCCCCAAACCCAAAAAGCCCCUCACCCCCGCCCAGCAAGCCUUCCUCUCCUCGGCCCUCCGCGUCAACCAAGCCGGCGAGCUCGCCGCGACACUCAUCUACACGGCGCAAACCCCGCCCGUCGUCGCGCGCGAGCCCCACCUGCGCCCUCUCAUGCGGCACAUGUACGAGCAAGAAGCCGGCCACCUGGCGACCUUCAACGCGCUGAUCGCCAAGCACCGGGUGCGCCCCACGGCGCUGUACCCGGUAUGGUCGGCGCUGGCGACGGGGCUGGGGUGGACGACGGGGGUGCUGGGCCGGGAGGCGGCCAUGGCGUGCACGGAGGCGGUGGAAACUGAGAUCGGCGGGCAUUACAACGCGCAGAUUCGGAGGUUGUUGGAGAUGGUGGCCGGGUGGGAGGCCGAGGGCUAUGAGGUUGGGGAGGAGCUGCGCGAGCUGAUUGGGACGUUGAGGCGGAUUCGGGAUGAGGAGCUGGAGCAUCUGGAUCAUGCGGUUGAGCAUGACGCGAAGAAGGCGGAACCGUAUUGGUUGCUGACGGGGGUUAUUCGUGCCGGGUGUCGGGGUGCGAUUUGGGUCAGUGAGAGGGUUUGA